AUUUGAGAGAAAGGAUUUUUUUAGGACAGAUGAAUAGACGAUUUAUAGACGAUUUCAUUGACUCGAAGAUUAAAGACUAACAUAGCGUCUAGCGAGAAUGAGCAUCGUUGAUCAAAAUGGUGGUGGAAUACCUUCCUUUGAUUGGUGCAAAUUAUUGAAAUGUAACGAGAUGCCUCUCUUCGUGUGUAAUCGACUUAUUGAUAAGCAUUUUAGGAACAUUUGAAAUUUGAAAAGACUCUUUAGAAGACAUCAGACCACAAUCUACAUCCAUAAUGUCAGUGACAAGUCUUCAAUGGCGGAUUGAUGUUAACAACAGUGGUUAGCUAGCUUAAUUUGAUGAAAAUGCAGACAAUUUUGCUAUGGAUUAUGGUUAUUUUGGAGCAAGACCGAUUGUGUUCAUCAGUUCUCUUGUAGAGGUAGUAUUUUUGCAGUAAACUAUGGCACUAAAUCGACCCGCGAAAAGUUGUUUGUUUGAGUAUUGCCAGAAACAAAAAUUGGUCCGCCCUCUUUCGAAACAUGGGCAGGUCAGGGGUUACCAAGCUAAAGUAAUAAUAGAUGGCUAUCAUUACGAGCAAAGUGCUCUCCACUCCAAGAAGAAAGAUGCAGAACAUGACGCUGCUAGAAUAUGUUUGUCUGCCUUGGGUACAUUUCAUGGAGAUCAUGGUGGAGGAAAGAUCAGGGACGAAUAUAUUGUGGGUGCAAACGUUAACCAAAGUAUUUCUAAGCCUAGUCUUAAUUCAGGUUGUACUUCACCAGGUUCAAAAGGUUUUAGUUAUUUGCCAAAAAGUGGAGGAUUCUCUGGCAAUGCAAAGAUGCCGAAAAGUGCCCUUCAUGAGUAUUGUCAGGCCAAUCACAUUGCAUUACCGCGAUACAAUACUGAAGGAGUAUAUAAUGGCCAUAUUUUACAGGGUUUUAAUUGUGUUUUGAUUGUAAAUGAUCAAUACUAUACCACUGAUAAUCUACACCCAAAUAAACGUGAAGCUGAGCAUGCGGUGUCUCAUAAAGCUUUGAAUAUUAUUGAAUCUUAUGAGAGAUCAGUUUUUUAUGGUGGAGAUUCACAAAGCCAGAAGUUGAAAACACCGUCACAAAAGACAAGAAUCCCAACCCUUCGAACACCUGAAACCUUAUACAAAAGUCUUUUGCAAGAGCAUUUGCAGCAAAGGCAGAUUGAGAUACCAAGCUACAGUACUGAAUUUACCGAUGGGGGAUACUUAAGUAAGGUGAUGAUAGAAGGGCAAAGCUACGUAGGCAAAGACUGUUGCUCUUCAAAGAAGCAAGCUGAACAAAGUGCAGCCAAAGCUGGUUUAAUUGCAAUGGGUGUUAAAGAUCCAGAAGCUGUUGCUAGAGGACUAACAAAUAAAAACUUGCAAAGUGGUAACAAGAGUACAGAUGAUGCACCAUACAAAAAAGAUUUACGAGAUCUCGUGCCAGAUGACAUAAAUGUAGUUAAGGAUGACAGUUCAUGGUUGCAUUACCACAAUGAAUUACGCUUUGAUGUUGAUGACUUUGAUGAUAUUGAUGGUGAAUUUGCUGACUUUCAAAAAGUUGAAUUAGGAGAAAUGAAACGCAAACUUAGUGUCAGUAUGUGGGGCAAUGAAAGAUUUUCAGGAGCAGUUGUGCAAAGACCCAGUAAAAUUAGGUGUAUUGGUCAAGAGAGUGUUAGUAGUCAUCAAACACCAUCAUCAGGGAAGCGACCAUUAAGAAGCGGGGAGUACGAAGUUAAAGAUGUUCACCUUGGAAACUUGAGUGUGGCUGAAGCUUGGCCUGAGAAAAGAAAUAUUGUAAUUGUUGGAAGCAAGGAAACCUCCAUUCCAUUGUUUUGUCAAGGUGACAGAUAUCGAUGUUCUCUCAAGGAUAUUUCCACUGGUGAACUUGUCGACAUUUUGCCAGGCCAUCGUCUUGUUGGUUUGGAAGGCUCCUAUGUCGUUAGGGGAGGUCAAAUAGUUUUGCGUGCAACACAAUGUAAGAAGAUUUUAAUGCCAGAAACGCCAGAUGAUGUCCUUGUUAGUUGUGGCGUAGUCGUGCUCCAUUGUAUUCCUAAGAAAGAGAACAGUGUAGUAAGUUGCGACGUGAAUAUACUGUUGAAGCGUUAUCUGUGUAGUCAAGCCUUCAUCAAUGUAGUUCGUGGACUGGCCCAGUAUUUUCGAUGCAGGGAAUCCGGUCGGUCGUUCACUUUUAACAAGGAGCUGAUGGUGUCUCACGUGAAAGACUGGAUGCUAGAAGAAGUGAUGGCCAUUGCAUCCUUUUCUGAUACAGCGCUGGAGAAUGUCUUUCAACACAUUAUGAAGUUUGAUAGACGUUGGGUGAAGUACUUUAAAGAUAAGGAGUUGUCACCGGAGCUGAAGCAUAUACAGACGGCUGCAAACGAUGAACUGUUCAGACGUGCUAACAAUGAGGAUCAACAUCAAGAUAGAUUUCGACCGUGGAAAUUACCCAAAGGAAACCUAUACCAUCGCGUGCUUACAACUGGCGUGUUCUUGGAAAGUCCUGCCGAAGCUGCGAUGCGUGAACUCAAAGAGGAAACUGGGAUCAAGUUAAAGCUCAGUGAUAUUAAAUCUUCACCUUACGUUGAUCUUCCCCAAAGGGACAAUAUUAACCCUCAUAAAGGUGAUUUUGCUCGUUAUUUUCUCUGUGGGAUUAUCACAGAAGAAGAAAAGAACACGGAGAAGGAAGUUGAUAAACAAGAAUCUCCGAGUAAAGACGUUAAUGUAUCAGGCACCAUGAAGGACAACAUGAACACUCCUAUUGUCACAUGUUCGUCGAAUCAAGUUCAAACACCUGUAAUCACCAAUUCAACUUACAAUGAAGCAUAUUCAAUGAAUGCACAGGCAUAUUCUGCAAACACCGCCCUUUCUCAUGGCUAUACGGGGUGGAGAAAUGUAAGCGUUACUCCAUCCUCUGGUUGCCUAAAUGCAAAUUUUGGAAACUCUGCGACAACGUUCAGGGACAAUAGUACAACGUAUGGGCACGCAAAUACCAACUACGGAAACUACAGUACUGGUUAUGACCAUGUUAGUACAAGUUACGAACACGCGAAUAGUGGGUAUGACAACACAAAUGCAGGUAAAAAUAACGAAACUACUGGUUUCAGUAACCCAAACACAAAUCAAGGCAUCUCCAAUAAAGAUUAUGGUAGCAUUAAAAGCGGCUAUGAUGACUUAAACACAGAUCACAGUAACGCAAAUAUUGAUUACGGGAGUGUUAAAACGUCCACCACAAAUCCAACAACAUAUAGUGAGUCGAAUCAUCUUGGAAAUAAUGCUGGAGGAACGUAUGGUAGCAUGAGGAACACUGGGACAUAUUCUGGGCAUUGUAGCACAGAUCAAUCUUCACAUGAACAAACAGGAAACAUAGUUUCACGAGACUCAAACAGUGCUACCACAGACGUUAGUGAAUAUUCUACAAACAUUGAACACCACAUCAACGCUGUUUCUAGUCAUGUUGUCACACAUCCUAAUCCAAGUAUAACCAGUGAUGAUAAUAGUGUAUCUUUAACAUGUCAAACUACUUAUUCUGCUGCCAAUACAGAGCCAGGUUUUACGGAAUCAACAUUCACGCUUUCUUCAUCGUCCUGUAAUAUUAGUGAAAGAAAGAAGAAGAAACAACUGAAAAUAGUAGUAUUGUGAAUGACGAAACGAAGAAUGAAAACGAAAGCACAAGUGACGAAGGAUCCAACGUUAUACGUUCUCCAUUUAUUGCUGGAGCCGUUCACGAGGAAUGCAAGUGGUUUGAUAUGUACGAAGCCAAAGAAAUCUGCACUGAAUUUCAUGAAAUACACCAAAGUGAGGUUUUCCAAAAACUUCUAGCUCGGCUUAAAGAAGUUGUAACCACUAUGUAACACUGAUUUUAAAUGUUUGCAUUAUGAUCAACGAUGUAAUUAUGAAUGGUCAACUCGUUGACCAUUUAUUGCGGUUGGAUAAGCUAUCGAUUCGAUAGUACACUAUCCAUUCCAUACGCUUGUAAUUAGUAUUUUCUUACUGCUUUUUCCCUUCACC